GGCGGAAGAAGCGUGACAGCUGAGUUACAGCUAGCUGUUGUGGUCAUUAAACAUUGCCCCAUUAACGUCUAGCUCAGAUAAUUCACGCCGUGUGUCCUCCGGGGCAGACAGGGAGUGUGUGGAUAAAACAGGAGCAGUGUGUUUGUGUUAGUACGGCUGCAGACACACAUACAGGGGGGAAGAUGUGCACUCAGACCAAGGCUGCAGCUCUCAUGGCAAAUAUACCGGGGGCAGACAUAGACCCGUCCGGUGUGUUUAAAUACGUCCUGAUCCGAGUUCACAGCAAAGAAGAAGGAGACGACGCGGAGGUAGAUAUAGUCCGAGGAUACGGCUGGGCGGAGUACCACGCUGAUAUCUAUGACAAGGUCUCAGAGGAGCUAGAAAAGGGUGGACAUCUGGACUGUGAGUGUAUCGGAGGAGGGAGGAUUAAACAUGAUGCCCAGGCCAAGAAGAUCCAUAUCUACGGAUACUCUAUGGGAUUUGGAAGAGCAAACCACGCGGUCUCUACUGAGAAACUGAAGGCUCGGUAUCCAGACUAUGAGGUGACCUGGGACAAUGAAGGAUACUGAAUUAAGACCAGCCUUUGUUGGAUGCCCUUCCCAGACUGACUUAGUACUUAACUGUGACCUCUCACAAGAAGGCAGAGCUUACCAACAUCAUUAUGAACCAUACAGAGACCAUAAGGAACUUUUUGAUACCACAUUAAUACAAGACAAGGAUUGACAAGUCUAAAUAAAAACAAGCCUUUUUGGUGUUUUUUUUGUUACAAAUUGACUGAAGUAUAGCAAACAAUGUUGUUUUUCACAUUUUAAUUAUUAUUUACUUUAGGCCUAAAACACAUGCAUGGUAAUCACAGUCAAAUUUGGAAUUAAAGUUGUAUAAAAUAUCAUCAUUAAACUUGUUUCUUAAUAAAAUAAAUAACUGGUUA